CAAAAAUCAAGCGCGACGGUGGCGCGUGUACUAGAUUUCGUUCAAAUUUCUCGCUUCUUAGCUCGUAUGUCAUUUUUGUUGCUUUGAAGAUCUAGUUUGAAUAAAAAGAUAUGGCAAAACAAAAAGCAUCACGACUGGCGGGAUUUGUAUUGAUCUUCGUAAAUUUUAUUACAACUAUGCUAAGCCUAGCUACAUUCGCAAUUGGCCUAUGGGUGAUAAUCUCCCCGAAGACGCUGGCGCAUGUCAUCGAGAGAAGCGGUCCGUUAAAGGCUUUAUUUCCCGAAGAAGUUCUGACAGUACAACUUGGUGUAGGGAUAGCAAUGCUCAGUAUAUUUUUUCUCUUCAUAUCUGUAAUGGGACUCUAUGGUGCUAUUAAUUGCUCAACGUUUCUAUUGUUUAUGUAUGCAGCACUUGUAUUACUACUGAUGCUGUUGGACUGUGCAGUUUUCUUCUACUUGACAUCAAAUGCUGAAGAAAAAGGUGUUCAAGCUAGCGAUGGAGUAUUGGGACAUGCAUUACAACUGGCUUUGCAUUGUUGUGACAACGGCUCUGAUGUCAUGCCUUGGACUUGCUGUGAGACCAAAAAUUGUUCGCGAGAAACUAACUUUAGAACAAAUUGCAAGGACGCGAUGUCAAACUGGCUCCACCAUUACGGAACUAUAGUCUAUGGUUCGCUAAUAGCGUCUCAUGUGAUAUUGUCGUCCUGCUCACUUCUGCGUCGUGCGAACAGUGCUUCCCGCGCGCACACCUAGCGAUCGCAGCGCCAAUUUGGCGCUAAUCAGAGAAGAUGCGCCCGCGUCGGGCCAGAGGAAAUUGAUGACGUCAUGAUGGUCGUGUUAGGGAGAGGUCGGAUGGGCUGGGUCGAUAAAGAAACCUAAAUAUAAUUUGCUAAUGUAUAAUGUAACGGCCGGCAACGGCAACGUACUCUUCGGCAAUGUGAGUGUCUAUGCGCAGCUAUCAACAUCG